AUGGCCUCCGUCGCUCGCGCUUUCCGUCCCAUCACCUCCCGGGCCCUUGCCCAGAAGCCUUUGGCCUCCAGCUGCCGUGCUACACCUGCUUUCCGCUUCCCGCGGGGAACCCGGAGCUUCUCCCAGAGCCCUCUUGCGCAGGUGAAGAAGUACACCGAGUCGCACGAAUGGAUUGAGCUUGCCGAAGGCACCAACACUGCCAAGAUCGGUGUUACCAAGUACGCCGCCCACUCCCUCGGUGACGUCGUCUUCGUUGAGCUCCCCGAGGCUGACCUGGAGGUCUCCGCUGGCGAGCCCGUCGGUGCCGUUGAGUCCGUCAAGUCGGCUUCCGACGUUCUCUCCCCCGUUGCCGGCAAGGUCAUCCGCGGUAACGACAUCCUGGAAGACAAUGCCAAGACCAUCAACCUUAGCCCCGAGCAGGAUGGAUGGAUUGCCGAGAUCGAGGUUGCUGAUGCCGCUGAGGUUGAGUCUCUCUUGAGUGAAGAGGCUUACCUUGAGUCGCUUGAGGGUGAACACUAG